CUUUUAUGGAAACAAUAAUAUUGGUGUGAAGGAAACUACGGCAAAAGCUGUUACUAGAUUGGAUGGAUCUCUGAGUAUGUGCUUAAGAGAGAGGGUUGAUUACCCUUUUGUGGCCUUCCUUGGGAUUCAGUUCAGUAAAAUACUUAUCUACUUAUUUUUUAUUGUUGAAAUAAUAAUUGAAUGGCAGGACAGGUAGUUUGUAUCAUAUUGAGAGAAAGAACGGGUAUCUGUUGCAAACCUGAGUGGGGGAGGUUGUGAAAAGUUCGGUAUACCCUCCUCCUCCCCACGUGAUCUGUUGUGGCUUCUGUCUUGUGUCGAAUGAAGGGAGUCUGUUGUGAUUAGGGAGGAUCUGUGGUAGUGUUUAUGUCUCAGUCCGAAAGUUUUGCUUUGCUGGUACCCGUCUCCAGCUUUACGGAUCUGUGGUCCUGUACAGUUCUCCCCACGGUCUGGACUUAGAUGCUUUAUUUACUUUGUUGUCUUGUUUUUUUUCUUUACCCACUAUAUCUUCUUAUUCUUCUAGUGUAUGCGUAUAGUGCAAGAUUAGUGUCGUACUUCUUUUUGUAGCUUGGCUUGGAAUAGCGAAGUACGGUUAUACGGAAUGGAACAUAACUCCCGGAGAGAAUCUAUGGACUGUAUUUUGUGUAAUACAAAUUACUUGUAGUAUGUUCUAAUCUGUCCCUUAUAUGACCAUGUUAGUAAGGCUACGUUCAUGGAUUCGGCACUUGUGGAUGGAAGUGAAAAUAACUUAAUAAUGUGACUAUCAUGUUAGUAUUUGGCAAAUGUGAGAUGCGAUGUGUCCGUUUAACUAGAUUGGGCGGCAACAGUUACACUUUGAACUCAUCAAGUACCAGAUAUGUGAGCAGCUGACUUGCAUGGCUGACAUUUUGAUUCACUCAAUGACUGGCGUCAGUGCUAUAUAUACAAUUUAUUUUUCUGAUUCUAUUCCCGCCAGCUGACUCUCUGUACUAAGUAUCGGGAUGUCUUGCAUUCGGUGACACGAUAUUCGUUGCCAGUGACACCCAACUCGAUCACCGUCACUGGAUCGCGACCUCGCGGUGUGCUGUGGGUCAGGUCAACCUGCUGACACUCAUUCUCUGCCAUCCAUGUGUGUAUGUGUGUGCAUCCUGCUGCUCGUGUGACAAUGGCUGUAAUAUAAUGAUGUUGCAGAUCGUUGUUCAACACACGCGGAUGACCAUCGAUGGCGAAUAGCAAAGUUGAAGCUGAAACGCCGCAACCAGAAGCCUUCUGGGAGCAUUGCAUACGAGAGAUGUACCCAGGGUGGAUGCACGAACAUUACUUCGUACCCGCCUUGCACGUCAACAAGACUCACUACGUCAGCAGCAGCUUCGCGGGUCAAGAGGUCAGCAUUCCGCAAGCUCCCCUGGACGCACCAAAGGUAGGGUCUGGCUGCGUGCUGCACGUCAGUGAUACCCGCAACGACUCAGCACUGCAGCGAAUCCGGCACUGCCUGCAGAAACUGGCGAUCAAACAAAGGGAAACCAUGUUCGUCAUCUCGCAGCUGGAUUACGGCGAUUAUCUGCGACAACCUUGCUAUGCCGCUGCAGCCGACUCCGCUUCCGCUUCCGCUUCCGCUACCGAUGCCGCUGUCCGCCUGCCUCGCGCCGCUGACCUAAAGACUCGUGACUCCAGGGGUGAUUUUGACUUUCUCAUCCUACACCGGAAGUACGGAAUAGUGGUUGCAGAGGUCAAAGCCGUUGGCGACAACUGGGGCGACCUGCAGCUGUCAGAAGAACAGCAGACGGCGGUGGUGCAGAAGAGGGUCAAGGAUGCCAUCAAGCAGCUGGACAAGGCGGAGCGCGUGCUGGCGCACCUGGUGUCGGAUCAGAACCUUGCUCCGCGGAUUCUCAAAGCACUGUUCCUACCCGGGGUACAAGCGUCGAUUGUAAGGAAAUCCCUUGGGAGAGACCCGAAAGAGCUGCGAAACUUGGGCACGUGCUUGGCUGCUGACCCCGGCGCUGACCCCGUGGACUUGUGCUUGUGUUCUGAUCACCUGUCUGACCCAGAAAUCCCUUGGCAUGUCACGGAUUCUGUUUUAAGCCGUGUUCAACAGUGGUGGAAUGCACGAAUCGUCAGCCAGCCAUGAAGACCCCAACAUGACAGACGACCUGUACCUGAAAAUAUUGGCCAGAUUCUGUGGCCCCGCAACCACGGUGAAGGUGCCGUGGACCCCCUUGCCGCCACUGAGAACGACGCAAGACGCCGUCAACUUCACGGACACGUGCUGCUCGCGUCUGACGCUCCUUCCGCAGCAGGUCAACGUGUUGCACGAGGCGCCACCUCGCCUCUUCGCGUGUGGACCCCCGGGCACCGGCAAGACAGUCGUGCUGCUGCUGCAGGCCGUGGAGUGGCUGCGACAGCGUCAUGAGGUGCACGUGGUCAGCACCUGGAAGUACAGCCGCGCCGCCUCUCUUCGGUUGCGCGCGCAGCUGCUGGCAAGCCAGGCGCAGGCCCGGAAGGAGGGGGAGCAAGAAGAUACAGCGAUAACCCCCGUGAAUGCGGUUUCCAUGCACGAGUACAAUUUUGAGAAUGGGUUAGACGACGUCGACAGAGCAGUGGAAGAGCUUGCCUGUCUGGCCAAGGGAACUAACCUUUGCGUCAUCGCUGAUGAAGCUGGACCUGAAGGAUGUAAUGAGUUCAAAAUAUUUUGCGAGAAGCUGCUGGAACGGGUGUCUGGCCUUCAUCUGUGGGCUGCGCGCUGUCGUCACGACUGUACACCCGACGCGUGGCGCAAGGAGUUCUUCACUCAGCCGCUGCGCUUCGCUCCGGUAGUCAAGCGGAAGGUGGCGAAGUCGGGGAAAUUCUGCACUGGAAACGUCCGUCCCUACUCCUGUAGCAACGUCCCAAGCCCUACUGACGGACCCCCAGUCAUCCACCUCAACCACGAUGUUGUCAAACACACAUGCAGCAGUGUUUACGACUGUACUCAGUGCGGGGAUCUGUUGGCUGAGCCUCCUUCGAAGCGACUUCCAUAUUGGCCAGACCGACGGGUCCGAACCCUGCAACCCUGCAGGAAACAACAACAACAGCCCGAACACAAACAUCAUCACAAUGUCCUCCCGGACUACGUUACCAGGACGUGGUUCUGAUGUACUGGGCGUUUAAGAUCAAGGAUAACUCCGGGCUGAUUAAUGGCAUAAGAAAUUCCGGGAUCCCCGUAAAGGUGGCGACGUCACGUGACAUCGAGAACGUGGCCACGUGGCAGGACGACGUAGUGUGGGCAGUGGACGGCUACUGUGUGCAAGGACUGGAGUGGAAGGUAGUGGUGUACUGCAGUGACUACGGGCAGUUCGACAACUUCACGUUUCCUUCUCGCUGCACGUCACAGCUGGUGUGCUUCAGAAACAAAGCAAGUGAGGACUAACGACAAUCGCGAGGACAGAGAAGUGGUUCGAUUUUCCGUGACGUCAUCGUUCAGCAAAAGCCUGAUUGGACGACGCAUGUGUCUAAGGAUGAGCACCAGCCUCCAGCCAUCCAUCGCCUGCACCUGCUGGUCUACUUAAGUCGCUCGUCUUGAUGGCGAGACUUUGUCCACACAACAACAAGCGACAGUCGGAGUACCGGUGGCAUCGAGACAUUUGCUGGAAACGUCGGUAAGUCUAGCUGCUGGCUUCUGUAAGACUAUUUUGACAGCCGGUAACCGCGGUGUAAAAUAUCGUUGGUGUGGGAAAUCAACUGGAGCGAACACAUGCCAUCAAUGGAUCAAGGGCGUCUUUGAUAUGGAUCAGCACCGCGUCUGGCACCUGACGAACACGCUUUUGGCAUUUUCUGGAGGCAGCAGGGAGUGAAUGAUGGUGACUCAUCACAACACCAACAUGACGUCAUCACGGAUGUCAUCACUCACAGCAGUGACUACGUCACAGAGACGCCGGCGCCGACGGAGACCUCCAGCGACAGCCUGUGGCAGAAGGUUCUCC